UCAGCCUCUGUGAGCAGCAGCUGGGGAUGUCCUCACGGAGGAGUGAAGCUGCCAGGCUCAGUGCCAGGCUGCUGGGGGGGACUCCUGCUCCUGGUUGUGUGCAGGCUGAGCACUGCUGCUGGAGCCAUGAAACAUUGGGCUUUGUGUUUGCUGUGAUUGCAGGAAUUCCUUGGGGAGCCAGAGUGCAGGAGGGAUGGAAGAGAACUCUGCGGAGGAGGUGGAGCAGCCCCCGGCCGAUGGGGUGGGGGUGGACGUGCUGGAGUCGGGUGACACCACCCCUCCCACCAAGAGGAAGAGCAAGUUCCCCAGCUUCGGGAAGAUCUUCAAACCCUGGAAGUGGAGGAAAAAGAAAAGCAGUGACAAAUUUAAGGAGACUUCAGAAGUUCUAGAGCGGAAGAUUUCCAUGCGGAAGCCGAGGGAGGAGCUGGUGAAGAGGGGAGUGCUGCUGGAGGAGCCUGAGCAGGAUGGUGAGGACCCUGAGAAGCUGAACCUGCCUGCCCUGAAGAAUGGCCACACGGUGCCCAUCGGUGGGCCUGGGAUUUGUAACCAGGAGGAGGAGGCCAUCAAGCCCCCUGGGCUCAGGAAGCCUGCUCCAGCUGAGGAAGCCAAGAAGAGGCAGGGCUCCUCCAGCAGCCACUCUGGGCCCGAGCUGGAGCCACUGCAGGAGCCCCAGGUGCCCAGGCAGCCUCUGCUCCCUCCCAAGAGGCCUCCCUCUGCUGCCCAGGAGGCAAACGAAGCGCAGGGCAAGGAGCCAGCACCUGCCAGCAGCACUGCAAAGCCUGCACCCUGCAGCACAGCCCCCACGGCAGCAAAGACUCCCAGUGCCACCACUGCCCCUUCCCCAGCCCCCAGGACUCUGCCUCUGGCUCUUGCCAGUGCCAACAGUGCUGCUGCCACGAGCACAACCAGCACAGCCCCUGCCAAGCAGCCUCCUGUCCCUCCUCCCAAGCCUGUCAACAGGAACAGCUCAGUGCUAGCAGAGCUCUCCCAGGCCGCGGGCACCGCUCCAGGCCUGUCCAAGCCUUCCCCUCCUCUGCCACCGAAGCGAAGCCUCCUGCCCAGCAACCCCUCGGAGGCAGUCCUCCCCGCCAAGCCCCCUGCGGAGAGGCUGGUGCCAGGCGGCCGCCCCCCGCUGGUGCCCGUGCACAGCCCCCCCGCCUGCCCCCCGCCCUCGCCGCCGCUGCCCACGCAUGUGCCCCCCGAGCCGCCCCGCCCGCCCCCGCCCGCCGCCAGCCCCGCCGACCCUCCGCACUCCCUGGACCUGCCCAGAGAGGCUGCUGAGGACCUCAGGUCCUGGGAGGUGCCCAAGAGGACAGCGGAGCAGGGCCCCAGGGACCCCCCGGUGCCGCCUCGCCUGCCCCCGGUGCCGCUGCACAUCCGCAUCCAGCAGGCUCUGGCCAGCCCCCUGCCCGCCACGCCCCCGCCCGACGGUGCCCACCGGGCACACUCCCUGCUCUUCGACAGCGACGGUGCCCAGGACAGUGCCAGCCUGGGCAGGGCCAGGUCCCUGCCCGUCACCAUCGAGCUGCUCAAAGUUCCAGACGAUGAGGAGGAGGAGGAGGAGGAGGAGCAGAGCUCAGGCCCCUGUGUGUACAUCGGGGAGGUGCCAGCUGUCACCGUCAUCCCCGCGCUGGCAGCCCAGGCCCUGCCCGAGGAGCAGGAGGGGGACGCAGGGAUGAGCGACUCGGACUCGGAGGGACCCAUCCUGUACAGAGACGAGGAGGAGGAGGAAGAUGAAAGCCACAACAGCACCUUGGCCAACAGGGUGAAGAGGAAGGACACCCUGGCCAUGAAGCUGGGCAGCAUGGGCACGCUGCAGGAGGAGAAGCCCUUCCCCCGCAAGAGCAGGGAGGAGUGGAACGAGAUCCGGCAGCAGAUCGGCACCACCCUGAUCAGGAGGCUGAGCCAGAGGCCCACAGCAGAGGAGCUGGAGCAGAGGAACAUCCUGCAGCCCAAGAACGAGGAGCUGCGGCAGGCGGAGAAGAGGGAGAUCAAGCGCAGGCUGACCAGAAAGCUGAGCCAGAGGCCGACGGUGGCCGAGCUGCAGGCCAGGAAGAUCCUGCGGUUCAACGAGUACGUGGAGGUGACGGACGCCCAGGACUACGACCGCAGGGCAGACAAACCCUGGACCAAGCUGACGCCGGCAGACAAGGCUGCCAUCCGGAAGGAGCUGAAUGAGUUCAAGAGCUGUGAAAUGGAAGUGCAUGAGGACAGCAAACAGUUCACCAGGUACCAUCGACCAUAACCUUCAAGGGAGGGAGCCAAGAGACCUGAGGGCACUGGAGGUUCUCUGCACCCCUCUCCCAGGCAAUACAGCGAGGCUGAGCCCUCUGCUCUUCCAAGAUUUGCCUUCAAAACAUAUCCAGAAAAGGGCUUUUGGCCAGGGAAGGGGAGUCCUGUCUGAAUGUAGCAUUUCACUGGAACAAACACUUCUCGAGUGCCAUCAGGCUGGGACUGACACUGCCUGGCACAGCUCCGCACUGCAGCCUGCCAGGAGCCCUGCGCAAAGGCACGGCCUGGGCCUGCCCCAGCUCCCAGCCCAGCUCCCAGCUCUUCCUUCUCCUUCUGGGGAUGCAACUCCUUCAUUUCCUCUUCAAAGGGAGGGGGUUCAGGAGAAAACGCAAAGGCAGCUCUAGUGUGGGGAGCCCGAGGAGUGCAGAGUGGCUGUGCUGGGCAGCAGCCUGCACAGAGCCGGGCAGCCGCCCGCCUGGGCU